UAUAUCAAUCAAGGCAUUUGAACAAUCAUACGUAUGAUAAAUAUACUACACAAAGUUCAAGUCUUCAAAGAUCGCGUUUUAAUGAAGUACAAAUCAUAAAAACCGUACUUAAUCUUUCCACAUGAGCACUAUCAUUUUCAUUGUAUCCUGUAGCUUGAUCAGUUCACUUUUUAAUACGCAUAUAUCACAAUGGAAAAUCAGCGAGAAAUUUUGCAAUAAAUCAUUGAUACUUAGUUCUCGUAUUUAUGUUUUUUUUUUUAUGUGAAAAUAUAGUAUAGUGAGUGAAAUAUGAGUUACAUUGCAAUUGAUACUUAUGAUGCAGACGAGACGGAUCCUGUACUGAAAAAAAUCGAGGAGCACGAGACCUCUGUUAAAAGAUUGAUUAUUUAUGGCAGCAUUAUCGUGUCUCCUGCACUUCUCGGCGGUAUGGGGUUAUCUUAUUCUGCAAUCGCUUUGCCUCAAAUGCAGCUCAGCAUCAGUGAUGCUUCUUGGUUUGGAUCAAUGUUCAACUUCGGCUCUCCAAUUGGUUCGAUAUUAACGGGACUAAUUAUCGAUAAAUUUGGUAGACGACCAUCGAUCAUGAUCAGCGUAAUACCAAGUGUGCUCGGUUGGCUACUGCUACUUUUAGAUUUCCAACGAACUAUUACAUUCAGCGGGAGAAUUUUAACCGGAGUGAAUUCAGGAUGCAUGUACAUAAGUCAGGUGUAUGCUGCCGAAUGUAUCGUAGUAAAUCAUCCCCAUUGGCGUAAUUCGUUGAACGUAUGGCAAGGGAUUGCGCUUUCGUUGGGCAUGAUUUUAACCUACGCAUUAGGUUGUCUCUUACCUUACCGAUAUGUUGCUGCUGCAGCAGCAGUUUUUUCUUUUCUUCUUUUGCUGAUAAACUAUUUGUACAUUCCCGAAAGUCCGCAAUGGUUGUACCACAAAGGACUCAUAAAAGAAGCGAAACGGUCCGAAAAACUAUUAGGAAUUCAUCAGCCAAUUUUAAAAGAUAUCGAUUCUAUAGAAACGCCAUCUUGUUCGAGUAAAACUUCUCAUUUUAUAACUGUGAUUCGAAAAUUGAUGAGAAAAGAUGUUUACAAGCCAUUACUAGUCAUGACCAUGUUAUACACUAUGAUAAUGUUUUCCGGAGCACCGGCGUUUACCGCUUACAUGGUAGAUAUUAUUACCGUAGGUUCGGAAACUAGUCAACCAGCUCAGGAAGUUAUGCCUAGUACGAGACAGUUUCCAUUUUUACGUCAUUAUAUUCAUUAUUUCGCACCCACUACUAAUGACCCCGACUACGAAUUAGGGUUAAUAUCGAGUAUUCUCGGACUCAUCGCAGUAUUCUUAGUUUCAGUUGUGGUACCAUACGGAGGUAUUAAAAAAGUAUACUAUUUUUCAUCUGUAGGCAUGUCCGUAUGCUUAUGCUUACUCAGCGUUUCACUGUUUCACUUUGAUAACCAAUCUAUGCAGAAUGUUUUAAACGUUUUGCACGUUAUUUCGGUGUGGUGUGCGUCGUUUUUCAUUUCUUUCGGGGUCGCAACAAUUCCUACGUCUAUACUUGGAGAAUUAUUUCCUCAUAGUGCAAAAGGUUUUGCAUGUAUUCCUUCGAUUGUAUUCUGUAUGUGUUCAGGCAUUGCUGUAAAAAUCCAUCCGUACUUAUUGUUAUAUUGCGGUGGGGUUUUGUAUGUUUAUUAUGCCAUCCUUCUUUUAGCUAGUACGGUAUUCUUUGCCUUAUUUGUUCCAGAGACUGUUGGCAAAUCUUUAGACGAAAUUGGUCAUUUCUUUUCCGGGUCAAACGGUUUUAUACAAAUGUAGGAUAUGUCAAGUUUUGUCUUGUGUUGCCUAAUAUAUGUAUUAUCGUUUAAAGGAACUAUACCAGUUUCCGUCAGUGGCGUAGCCAAGAUUCUCUCAAGAAGGGGGUAAAAUCAGAUUUUUAAGCACGAAAAAUCAAAAUUUAGAGGUAAUUUUCUGAAAAAAUAGAUCCAAAAAACGUCUCGCGUUCUAUUUUAAAUUUUCGCUUGCAAGGAGAGGACGACGGCUCCCUUCACCCCUUACAAUUAGUUACGCUGCUGGUUUCCAUCACUUUUUUAGGUACCUAUCAUGAAAAUAUAGAUGACAUCUCAUUCCAUUUUCAGUGUUUUCUCAACAACAAUACUUGAAAUGGAUUAUCAUGCCAUUUUUUUUUCCAAAAUAGGUACCUAAGAAUUGUCACGAAUAAGCUUCAAGUUCCUGAUUUAAAAUAUUUCGCGUACAUGUACCUAAGUAUCCUACCUAUACUUUAUACUCUUCUCAGCGCACGUUUUACCUAUUACCUUCUUAUUGUGAUGUACCUAUAAUGUUAUAUUGUAAGCAUUUCUGUAAAAAUAUAAUAUACGUAUCAUGUGCCUUCAAAAAAUAAUGUACGUUGUCGAUAACUUCAUAAAUAAACAUGAAAUAGGUACCUACCUAAGUUUCAAUAAACUGAAAAAAAAAAUCAGUUCCAACAAA